AUGCCUGCGCCUACAACCAGCAAGUAUGGUAUCCAAGAUAUUUGGGAGAGUAACUUAGAGGAGGAAUUUGACAAAAUUCGUGAUAUUGUGGAGGAUUUUCCUUUCAUAGGAAUGGAUACCGAAUUUCCCGGUGUUGUUGCUCGCCCCAUUGGCGAUUUUAAAAGUCCAACUGAUUAUUUAUAUAAUUUAUUGAAAUGUAACGUCGAUAUACUACGAAUAAUACAAAUUGGCUUGACUUUUAUGAACGAACGUGGUGAAAAACCUCAUGGUAUUUCUACAUGGCAAUUCAAUUUCAAGUUCAGUCUUUCCGAACACAUGUCUGCACAGGACUCCAUUGAGCUACUGCAGCGAUCUGGCAUUCAAUUCAAACGCCACGAAGAGGAUGGAAUCGACCCUAAUCACUUUGCUGAACUGUUUAUAACUUCCGGUAUUGUUCUUACUGACAAUGUUACCUGGCUAUCCUUUCACAGCGGUUAUGACUUUGCUUAUAUGAUGAGGUUGCUGACUUGCACGGAUUUACCAAAUGGGGAAUCAGAAUUUUUUGAUCUACUACAUGUAUAUUUUCCCUCAAUUUACGACAUUAAAUAUCUUAUGAAAAGUUGUAAAACUUUGAAGGGCGGACUACAAGAGGUCGCGGAUGCCUUACAAGUGGACCGCGUUGGACCACAGCAUCAAGCUGGAAGUGACAGUAUGCUUACUGGCGAUACCUUCUUUAAAAUGAAGAUGAUUUUUUUUGAAAAUGACAUUGAUGAGUCUGUUUACGGUGGACAUUUGUAUGGUUUAGGCGCACCCUACUCAAGUACUGAGAACGCUCCACACGACAGUAAUGAUAAUAUGUAA